CGCUCGCAGUCAGUCAGUCAGUCGGUAGGACUGCGAGGCCCGAGCACGAAGCCUCCGAGACGCGGACACACACCUCAGCGCACGCGGUCACUCGCUGACACAGACUAUGACCUCUGGCCGCUGAUUGACGCCAUGGACGCGAUCACGCUCGCCUCUUGCGGCCUCGCAUUCGCACUCUACUACAACACGCUCGACGCCGGCUUCGUCUACGAUGACAGUCGUGCCAUUCUGACGAACCAGGACGUGCUGCCGUCGACACCGGUGUCACGCGUGUGGCAGGACGACUUCUGGGGUACGCCGCUGGGCCACAGCGGCUCGCACAAAUCGUACCGGCCGCUGACGGUGCUCUCGUUCCGCGUCAACUACCUGCUGCAUGGCUUCCGGCCGCAGGGCUACCACCUCUUCAACGUGCUGCUGCACUGUUUGGCCACGGCGCUGGUGGCGCGCACCGGCCGCCUGCUCUUCGGCCCGCGGCGGCCGGUGGCCGUGGCCGUGGCGGCGGCCGCCUUCGCCGCCCACCCCGUCCACACGGAGGCCGUGGCCGGCGUUGUUGGCCGCGCGGACGUGGCCGCCUGCGUCUUCUUCCUGCUCUCGCUUCUCAGCUACGCUGCGCACGUGCGCGUGCGCGAACGCGUCGAAGCGCUGCCCACCCCCGGCCCUCUGCUGGCCGCACGCAAAUGGACGCUGCUGCUGGCUGCCCUCCUGCUGGCCGCCUGCGCAGGCCUCGCAAAGGAGCACGGACUCACCGUGCUGCUCGUCUGCGCCCUCUACGACCUCAUUAGGCACCUCGGCCGCAACCCUGACUUCAAUCCUGCCCACCUCUUUACCAAGAGGGUGAACCGCGGCCUGUCGGAGAGCUUGCUGGUGCUGGCGGCCGGCCUGGGCGUCCUGCUGCAGACCAGGCUGUACCUGAUGGGCGGCCAAGUGCCUGAGUUCGCCUCCUGCGACAACCCUGCGGCCCGGUCCAAAUCGCUGAUGACCAGAUUUCUCACCUUUGCCUACUUGCCAGCCUUCAACAUGCUCCUCAUGGUGUUUCCCAAGUGGCUCAGCUUUGACUGGUCGAUGGAAGCCAUUCCCAGGGUGAAAUCCAUUUGGGACCCGCGCAACCUGUUGUCGGUGGUGCUGUACUACGGGUUAUUCCGUGCCGGCCGCCGUCUCCUGGCUCUGCUCCGCCGCCCCCAGCACCCGCAGCGGCCGAGCAAAGUGGCUAAGCGGUGCACAGUGUGCCACUUGUCGUCCGGGGGACACAACAACAACAACCACCCAACGCCCAAGGUGGCGGGCAAAGUGUUCCGGCCGCCCAAGGGCGCAGAGGCGGCCCUCGUGGGCCUGGGACUGAUUUGCGUACCCUUCCUGCCCGCCUCCAACCUUUUCUUCUACGUUGGCUUCGUGGUGGCCGAGCGGGUGCUCUACAUCCCCUCGGUCGGCUACUGCCUCCUGCUGGGCCAGGGGGCGGCCGAGUUGUGGAGGCGGGCCGCCCCCAAGCAGCGCAGGGCCCUCUUCAUGGCUGCGCUCGUCCUGCUGGCCGCCUUUUCGGCCCGCACCGUGCAGCGCAACCGUGACUGGAGCUGUGAGGAGAACUUGUACCGCUCCGGAAUUCCCAUCAACCCUCCUAAAUCUUACGGCAAUCUGGGCAACGUGCUGAGCUCGCAGGGCCGCCUGACCGAGGCCGAGUGGGCCUACCGAAAGGCCCUCAGUCACCGCAGCAACAUGGCUGACGUCCACUACAACCUGGGCAUUUUGCUGCAGGGAAGAGGCCUCAAUGAGCAGGCAAUCGAGAGCUACAGAAGAGCCAUUCACUUCAGACCCAGAUUGGCAGUGGCGCAUUUGAACCUUGGCCACGCGCUGGAGCAGGUUGGGCGCAGCGCGGAGGCGGUCCAGGUGUACAAGGCGUGCGCCAGUCUGGACGGCACGGGGCUCAAGGAUCCCAAGACGCACGAAGCCACCAAGAUUUCGGCCCUGUUCCACCUUGGUCGCCUCAACGCCGACCAGGGCCGCUUCCACGAGGCGGCCAUCAUCUACAGAGAGGCCAUCGACAAGAUGCCAGAUUAUUAUCAAGCGCAGUCUCUGUACAACAUGCUGGGCGAGGCUCACUACAGACUGAACGAAUUCGCCGAGGCUGAGAGGUGGUACAAAGCAGCCCUGCAAGCGAAACCUGAUCACAUCCCAGCGCACCUAACCUACGGCAAGAUGCUGGCGAAAAACAAAACGAGGCUGUCGGAGGCGGAGCAGUGGUUCACCAGGGCCAAGCAGCUGGCGCCCAACGACUCCAGCGUCUACCAGCAUUUUGGCCAAUUUUUGUCUGAGCUUGAGCGGCACGAGGAAGCAGCGCAGCAUUACGUCAAGGCGGCCGAACUGGCCCCUGAUGACUACGAAAUCGUCUUCAACGCCGCCAAUGCCUUAAGACAAUCGGGACAGAACGCCGAAGCCGAGCGGUUCUACAGACACACUGUCACCCUCAGGCCAAAGGACGCGAGCAGCCACAUGAACCUAGGCGCGAUGCUGCACCUGAAUGGCAAGUACGCGCAGGCGGAGGAGGCGUACUUGGAGGCGCUGCGGCUCAAACCGGAUGACGACACGACGCUGACCAACCUGCAGAAGCUGUACGGCCUCAUGUCCAGACUCAGGCACGCGUAGUGCACGCGAUCGGACAACAAGUGAAAUGUAUUUAAGCUAGAGAAGAAUGCUGUGAGAAUUUCAGUCUGAUUUUCGGUUUGUGCGAAUUUGAGUUGACUGUUCUUCAAGAACACUACGUGCUAAUUUGAUGCGGAUAGAUUCUAUUCAAUUGGGUGGGGUUCUGAACUGAGUGAAUAACAUGCUUUUGUAAGGAUUAGCCUGAUGGAGAGAGUGAGGCAUGUUUUACGAAUUCCGAUAAUAUUGGUUAUCGUUUUCGGUGGCGGCAUAUCAAAGAACCAAUAAUAUUGGAAAAUGAGGCCAAUCAUUGAAGCAACAAAAUAUUUUAUAUUUUCAAGCUCUCUGAAAAAAAAUUGGAUUGAGUGGAAAAAUCUUUUGUCGCUUGGAAUUAAAAAAUAUUUGGGGAAUCGAUUCAGGAAGGCACGCGUAAAAUUUUCCUUUCUAGAAUUUGUUAUUGGUAUUAAUAUCAUAAUUUUAUUAUUUGAAAUAGCUUGGAAAGAAAGGAUGGAAUUGCUUGGUUGAUGUUGUGAUAGGGAGUUUUUUUCAUGAGGAGGUGCGAUUGACGGGGUUGUCAAGAUUGUGUAACUCGUCUCUCUUUUUGUUUAGGCUCAGAGAUGAGUUUUCAACGACGUGUGGCAUUAUUUUCUUUUUCAAUUAAUUCCUAUUUAGCAUCACAUGUCUUAUUUGAUUGCCUAAUAAAAAAAUCAAUUUGUAGAUUUGGGGAUUUUAAGAAGUACAUGAAAAAACUGAAUCACUGAAAUCUGCUGGAGUUAUAGGCGAGCGACAUUAUCCUCCUGAUGCGAACUGAAAUAAUAAAUAACUCAUAUUUCCUGGAGUGAAUAAUUCAGCAAUGGUUGGCCUCAAGACUAAAAUUUUAUCAGCAUAUUGCCGAUAUCGGUGAAUAAAUAUAAAAAUUGCCACCGGCAUACAUUUUCUGGUAUCGAUAUAUUUUCUCCAUGAUAAAAAAAACACUCAUUUGCUAUUCUUGCAGCGGCCGAGAGAAGCACCAUUCGAAACCGAUUGUUUUCCUGUUUGGGUUGCGCGGCAUGUUUGUGUAUUUUUGUUGAGUCGACAGAAAUGAGGUUGUUUUGUAUCUCUCUCUAUCUCUCUCUGGUGGAACAAAAAGCGAGACGUCUGUUUCCUGUGUAUCCAAACAGGCCCAUAAAUUAUUCCGCGCAUCAGCUGUAACCCCAAAGUUUGCGGCACCGCUGGCGGUCGGCUGGCUGGCUUUGCCUCUCGUUUCGACAUCCUCCAGUUCAGAUUUCGCUUUCGGCGGCGCGUGAAAAAUGCAAACGAGAGCUCUCUUUUCCUCGCUCGGCCAACAGCCUCGAGCAAAUUAAUUUUCAUUCCAUCAAUCCAGUUAUAUGCAUCAGCUGCAGUUGUUUUCGUUUUGGAGAGCUCGGGAAACGUGCGUGUCUGCUGUAGCUUGCGAUGCGAAAAGAGUGGAAUUUGGUGUCAAAUCAAGUAUAGCUGCUGGUAAUCACUGUUGGUGUAAUUCACGCCUAAAAACAAUAAAUUUAUACUGUGUAUGACAUAAAUAUGUAUAUGCAAUGAACAUGUAAAACAGCGAUUUGACGAAAAGAGGACCACUGAACUAUACACACACUCUAUAUGAUAUUACCGAGAAUGUCUAAAAGUGUAAGAAUAUGUCACUGUGUUUCGUUUCCGUUUAACAUUAAUAGCUCUCUUUUCCUUUAAAACCAAUUAUAGCAGCAGAAAACAUACAUACGAUAUAUAUUGUGAAAUGGAAAUUUUAAGAACCACCGCUCAAAUCAAUGAUUUUUGUCUUGAGUAUUUUUGCUUUACGCCAAAGACGAAUAAAAUAAAUGAUGACUAUAUAAAUAAAGUUAUUUUAACUCUGAAA